GCUAACAAUGGGGCAAAUUAAAGCAGGCCCUUCUGUUUCCGAGCCUCAUCAUCAAGUCCAAGCAGAACCUGAGCCACAAUGCCCAGCAAUUACAUUGCUACAUGAACCAACUCAAAAUCAAGCCUCGGCAACAAUCUACCAGACUCAACAAAGCACACGAGUGAAUCAAGCAUUACCUCAGCAGCAGCUACAACAGCAACGCUACCAAUCACAACCUAACCAGCAGGUGUAUGGGGUAGUUCAGCCAACGGCUCCACCCGUGCCCGCACAGUUUCCGCCCCAAACCGCACAAAACACUGGACCUAACCAGCAUCCUGUGGAAUACCCACCACUAAGCCCGCAACAAACAAUCCCAAUACAGCCUAAUCAGGAUGUGGGUGUGAUCUACCAACAACAACAAGGAGUUCCGCAAGCAAUAUAUCAGCAACCUCCGCCUAGUUAUCCUCAAAAUUAUAUAGCUCCUCCUUUUGCUGCUUCGAGCUAUGUAUCACAUGCACAAAUCUUUCAUGAUGUUACUUACCAAGUUCCUCCACAAUAUGUGGUUAUGCCACCAUACAUUCAUGGUACAGUGAGUCAAAUCGACGCUGCAUCGUCGGGGUUUCCACUGCCAGCUAAGGUCUGGAACACUGGCUUGUUUGAUUGCAUGGAUGACCCAAUGAAUGCUCUCAUAACAGUUUGCUUCCCAUGCGUGACAUUCGGCCGGGUUGCAGAGAUUGUGGACGAAGGCCAUACUUCUUGUGGAACCAGUGGAUUGCUUUACGGUUUGAUUGCAUUCUUCAUCGGGGUUCCCUGCAUACUGUCUUGCGCAUACCGCACCAAACUUAGAAACAAGCUUGGGCUAGUUGAGUCUCCAGCACCAGACUGGGUUACUCACUGUUUUUGUGAUUGGUGUGCUCUUUGUCAAGAAUAUCGAGAGCUUCAACAAAGAGGGUGGGAUCCAUCCAUAGGAUGGCACGGAAACUUAGCAAAGAGACAGAGCAUUCAACAGCAGCAACACCUUGCCAUGAUGCCCCCAAUAAACCAAACAAUGUUUGCUUGAUAAUCUGCAAAUGGUUCAAUAUUUUGUACUUUUAUUUGUUAAUUUUCUUAGGAGUGUUAAGAUCCAAGAUAUGAAACCAAUUUAAAGGGGAAAAUAUUUUAGA